CCUAUCACCACGCGCGCAUCUCUCCUUCCUCUUCUCCCGCCUCCCGAACCGGCCGCCGCCGCCACCCCCCGCCGCCGCUGCUUCCCAUCGACCUCCGCCUGUCCUCCCGACCGCGUCCCCGCUCGCCUCCGCUGCUCGCCCCGCACGGCCCGCCCAAUCUUCUGCUCGCCCCCGCGCGGCUUGUCGCCUAGCCUGCAAGUCUGCUCGCCGCCACCCGCUCGACCACGCCCCCGACGACGAAGGCGCGGCGGCCGCGACCUCGACCUCGACGGCCCUUGCUCGGGCGCCCUCCCAGGCUCGGCCCCCGCGACGUCGACGACGUUUCUUGCUGGCUUAUGGACAUGGCGGGUCCAAGAUGGAAGAAGGGCAAAGAUGGCAAGGACUUUGCAGCUCUGGCAGCAGCUCACCCCAUGUCAAGCAUUGUUGCUGAGCUCCAGUCCUCGCUGAAAGGCUCGAAACUUGUGGCAACUUUAUCUUGUCGGGGCAGGGAUGCGACCCUCGGUGUGAAUCUGCAGCAAGCUGCACUUCUUAACCGUGCGGCCUUUGGCCGGGCGCUGGAUAAUGCCGAAGCAGAGAAACAGUGGUUCCAGCUGGGGGCUGAGGAGGUCUUCUAUCUUUACCAUGGUUUGAAGUGCAUCUCAGUGUCAGAGAGCAAGAAGCUGUUGAGCGAAGGGGAGCUGUGGGAUCACUUAUGCUCUGCAUCGGAGUCAUUUCCCGAGAUGUACAAGGCAUACUCGCAUCUCAGAUCGAAGAACUGGGUGGUGCGGUCAGGUUUGCAGUAUGGUGCAGAUUUUGUAGCUUACCGUCAUCACCCAGCACUCGUCCACUCAGAGUUUGCUGUGGUUGUUGUUCCAGAAGGAGCGGAGUUCGGCGGUAGGUGUGGCCGCCUGAAUGUGUGGUCUGAUCUACUGUGUGCACUCCGAGCUUCUGGCAGUGUGGCCAAGGCACUGCUGGUUCUAACCAUCUCCAGCAGUAAUUGUGGAUUGAGCUCCCCAGAUUGUUUAGAACAACUGGUUGUUCAUGAGAGAACAAUUACUAGGUGGAUAGCGCAGCAGUGCCGUGAGCAGCGAAGUGAACUGUGCAGAGAAGAAGCAGAGAAGGAAGAACAAUAUCAUGCAAGAGAAACUGUAGCCUUCAACUAUUUGGGCGUAAUACUAGGCUUCACAGUUCUUUCUAGCUUACUUGUAUACACGCUGAGAUUCCUAUAAUAAAGCUAAAUAUUUCUCUGUACUCCUAUUGGUGAUGUGUAACUUCUCAUCUUAUGGCAAUCCUGUGCCAGUACUCAUGUGCAUUUUGGAAAGAUUUCUGGAAAUGGUCCAUACAUAUAUCCAUACAACUGUAUCUGCAGAGUGCACACAUCAUAUUAUGGUAUGCUCUGGAGUGGCAUUUUCUGUGCCUUUUCAAGGACUGCAGGACUAGAAACCUCUGAAUGACCAGCGCACCAGCCUAUUGAAGAAAAGAGAUACGCUAGAUACAUUUUCUUCAAAUAUUUGCAGACAUUUUUUCCUUAUAUACUUUCAGUGUUUAGUACUUGAACACAUUCAGGCCUUAAGUAUAC